AUGCCGUCAUCCACCAGUAAAACAGCAGUGGUCACGCCAUGCCACACGAUGCAGGGUCAUGCAAGACAGGUCAACAGUGCUGUGCACUUGCCUGAUGGACGACACAUCAUCACAUGUUCGUCGGACGGCUCACUCCGACUAUGGGACCUAGAGAGCGGCACACAGAUAGGCGAGGACUGGCGAGACGAGGAUAACGUAGUAUUUCGAUCCCUGGCAUUGUCUCCAAACGGCAAGAUGAUUGCAAGCGGGGACUAUGACGGGAAAGUGAGGUUGUGGGAUGUCGAGACGAGGAAGGUCAUUGCCAGAUGGACAGGACAUGCCCAUACUGUGCAAUCAUUGUGCUGGAGUGCAGAUGAUAAACAAGUGGCAAGUGGAUCCUGGGAUGGGACGGCAAGAAUCUGGGAGGUCAAGAAGGGCAAAACUAUUCUGAAAAUUGAAACCAGUCACGCCCGGGUGAAUGCGGUGAUGUACUCGCCUGACUCAUCAAAACUUGCCACGGGCCGGGGGGAUAUGAGGAGAACGCUCUUGGCAUGGACGUCCUUGGAUGGAAAUGGCAAACUUAUCUCCGAUUCAUAUGAUCUGAUUAGGAUAUACGACACCGCCACUUGGGAACAAAUCGCUAUCCUUGAAGGUCACACAAAGCAUGUCACCGCCCUCUCCUUGUCUCAGAACAACCGCCUCCUCGCAAGUGCAUCUUAUGACAAAACAGCGCGUCUAUGGAAUCUUGACACCAACCUCCCAGUUGGACUACCCCUCCAGCAUGAGAACGUUUUGUGGUCCGUAGCUCUUUCCCCUGAUGCAAAGGUGCUAGUUACUGCCGAGGACACAACCGCGUACACUUGGGACGUUUAUACCAUCCUCAAAGAAGCUGGCCUUGAGGACCUACUUUCCAUUGAUUCCAAUAUUGUCACGGCACCAGAGGAGAGACGGGAACAGGAACAGACGGCACCUCAAGAUGAUGAUUCAGGGAUACAGCACACACCCCGCUCUUCGCUCAGUGACAGUGAUGCUACGCGAUGUCCUGGCCAAUCUGACGAUAUAGAUGAACUCCCGCCAAUGUUUUUUCACGGCAUGGAAGCCCCUCAGUCCUCCCCAAUGGAUGGUGCACACCCACAUUCCUCUGCAAAUGCAUUCCUCGCUCGCCUUCUCUCGCUCCUCCGCCGCUUUCGACCCGACAAUGAUGGAAUGACUGAACUUCCGCAACCUUCACGGCCUUUGGCGGUCCAUCUACGCACACUCCUCGCUCGCCUGUCCUCACUCAUUCACCGCUUUGCACCCGAAAGUGAUGCACCAAAUGAACUUCAGCAACCCUCCACGUCUUCCUGGUUAGAUCCACAUGUGCUCCUGGCUCGCCUUUCCUCACUAUUUCCCCGAUCUCGACUCAAUACUGACGAAGAAGCCGAACAUCAUCCAACAUUGCCUACGAGAUCACAUGCAGAUGGGAGGCUCAUCGGCCGGCUGUCCUCAUUCUUCUGCUCUCAACCCCACACCAACGAAGAAGCCGAACAUCAUCCCACAGUGGCUUCAAGUUCACGUCCAGAUGCGAGGCUCAUUAUCCGGCUGUCUUCACUCUUCCGCUCUCAACCCCACACCAACGAAAGAAUAGAACUUUCGCAACGCCCAAGUCAUCCUCGCGUUGUCAAUGUGGCUGCAGUGCGGGACAAGCAGGCUUUGUUUGUUGCUCGGGGGCCAAAUUUUAAGAGAGCAAAACGAGCAUAUGAGCAACGAACCGAAUCGCACGCCCAAGCUCAGGCGUCGUCAUCGGGCACUCAGCCUACCCAUGCUUCAACAUUGGCGACACCUCCUAUUCCAGGUACUAAACCUACCACAACAGGUGCGGCAACCCCACAGUCACCACCCAUCCCAUGGUGGAGUCAGCUCGUGUUAUUUCUCUGCUGUGCAUAUCCACCACAUGCCAAUAGUCAUUGACACAAUUAGCAUUGCAGCAUUUGGACAACUACUUCACCUUUGCUUCUAGUGAUUCCGCACUUAUGUCUCUUUCCUUAUGUCUUUCAAUAC